AUGGGCAAGGUUAUUUUGAUUACAGGUGCCUCCCGUGGGAUUGGCCUGCAAUUGGUGAAAACUGUUAUCGAAGAGGACGAUGAAUGCAUCGUCUACGGCGUAGCAAGAACGGAAGCUGGUCUGCAGUCUUUGCAAAGAGAAUACGGUGCAGACAAAUUUGUCUAUCGUGUCCUCGACAUCACGGACAGGUCUCGAAUGGAAGCGUUGGUGGAGGAAAUCCGGCAAAAGCAUGGAAAACUGGACGGUAUUGUCGCAAAUGCGGGGAUGCUAGAACCGGUGAAGUCCAUCUCCCAGUCCAACUCCGAACACGACAUCAAGCAGUGGGAACGGCUGUUCGAUGUGAACUUUUUCAGCAUUGUCUCUUUGGUGGCACUGUGUUUACCCCUCUUGAAGAGCUCGCCAUUUGUAGGCAACAUUGUCUUCGUCAGCUCUGGAGCCAGUGUGAAACCAUAUAACGGAUGGUCGGCGUACGGCUGCUCGAAAGCCGCAUUAAACCACUUUGCCAUGGACAUUGCCAGUGAAGAGCCCAGUGAUAAAGUGCGUGCCGUGUGUAUUGCACCGGGCGUCGUUGACACGCAGAUGCAGAAAGAUAUUAGGGAAACAUUGGGUCCUCAGGGCAUGACACCCAAGGCUCUCGAGAGGUUUACUCAAUUGUACAAGACUUCGUCACUGCUGGACCCAAAGGUGCCUGCGGCGGUACUAGCGCAACUCGUCCUGAAAGGUAUUCCCGACUCUUUGAACGGUCAAUAUCUCCGCUACAACGAUGAGCGACUGGGGCCGGUGCAGGGCUAG